CUCCAUGUUACGUUAAUGGUCUGUACCUUGUGUAUCUUCCCACCAGUCUCGGUGUCUCAGGGCUGGGGUUCCACCUUUGAUGUGUUGAAUCACCUUGGUCAGCGACUACUCCAGGCAGAUCAGAACAUUGUGUGUUGUGGACCUGUCUAUGAUGUCCUGAUUAAAGACAACAGCGGCAAUGAGGUCCUGCAGCUUGUGGAGAACUGUGGCUGCACCUGCACCCGGGAGAUGUCAGUGAACAGUCCUCCAGGGACUCCGGUUGGAUUCGUCAAGCUGCAUUGGAACAGUCUGGUCACCCACUUCUCAGUGAUGAAUUGCUCCAAGGAGGUGGUCCUCCUAAUCCUGGGACCCAGCUUUCAGAACAGUAUUUUUGGCAAUGCCACCUAUGAGGUGAAGUCUCGGGAUGAGCAGCAUGUUGUUGGGAUGAUCAAGCUGGAGACCGACCAUGUUCUGGUUUCCUUCCCAUUGGACAUGGAGGUUACGGUGAAGGCCUUGUUGUUGGGCUCCUCCCUGUAUCUGAGCAAUUUCAUUAAAGAGAAGAGGAGAGCUCUGCAGAGACAGGCGCGGAGCAAAUCCUAAGUGUCACAUGACUAAUACGGCUGCAGCUUAUCUCUCUGUUAUAACAAGUAUACAGCUAUAUGUAUCUGGCAGUGCCUUCUCCGCAGAGCAUCACACCCCAGCGUGCCUAAUUCUCACACUGCAGUAUAUCACACCCAUCAUACCCAGGACAAAUAAUCCUUAUACUAGAUUAUCACACUGCAGAGCAUCACACCUCAACGUGUCUAAUCCUCACACUGCAGUAUAUCACACCCAUCAUACCCAGGACAAAUACUCCUUAUACUAGAUUAUCACACUGCAGAGCAUCACACCUCGGCGUGUCUAAUCCUCACACUGCAGUAUAUCACACCCAUCAUACCCAGGACAAAUACUCCUUAUACUAGAUUAUCACACUGCAGAGCAUCACACCUCGGCGUGUCUAAUCCUCACACUGCAGUAUAUCACACCCAUCAUACCCAGGACAAAUACUCCUUAUACUAGAUUAUCACACUGCAGAGCAUCACACCUCGGCGUGUCUAAUCCUCACACUGCAGUAUAUCACACCCUAGUGUAACUCAUCCUUACACUGCAGAGCAUCACACCUCAGCGUGUCUAAUCCUCACACUGCAGUAUAUCACACCCUAGUGUAACUCAUCCUUACACUGCAGAGCAUCACACCUCAGCGUGUCUAAUUCUCACACUGCAGUAUAUCACACCCAUCAUACCCAGGACAAAUACUCCUUAUACUAGAUUAUCACACUGCAGAGCAUCACACCUCAGCGUGUCUAAUCCUCACACUGCAGUAUAUCACACCCAUCAUACCCAGGACAAAUACUCCUUAUACUAGAUUAUCACACUGCAGAGCAUCACACCUCGGCGUGUCUAAUCCUCACACUGCAGUAUAUCACACCCAUCAUACCCAGGACAAAUACUCCUUAUACUAGAUUAUCACACUGCAGAGCAUCACACCUCAGCGUGUCUAAUCCUCACACUGCAGUAUAUCACACCCAUCAUACCCAGGACAAAUACUCCUUAUACUAGAUUAUCACACUGCAGAGCAUCACACCUCGGCGUGUCUAAUCCUCACACUGCAGUAUAUCACACCCAUCAUACCCAGGACAAAUACUCCUUAUACUAGAUUAUCACACUGCAGAGCAUCACACCUCGGCGUGUCUAAUCCUCACACUGCAGUAUAUUACACCCUAGUGUAACUCAUCCUUAUACUGCAGAGCAUCACACCUCAGCGUGUCUAAUCCUCACACUGCAGUAUAUUACACCAUAGUGUAACUCAUCCUUAUACUGCAGAGCAUCACACCUCAGCGUGUCUAAUCCUCACACUGCAGUAUAUUACACCCUAGUGUAACUCAUCCUUACACUGCAGAGCAUCACACCUCAGCGUGUCUAAUCCUCACACUGCAGUAUAUUACACCCUAGUGUAACUCAUCCUUACACUGCAGAGCAUCACACCUCAGCGUGUCUAAUCCUCACACUGCAGUAUAUUACACCCUAGUGUAACUCAUCCUUACACUGCAGAGCAUCACACCUCAGCGUGUCUAAUCCUCACACUGCAGUAUAUCACACCCUAGUGUAACUCAUCCUUACACUGCAGAGCAUCACACCCCAGCGGGCCCAGAUCAUUCCACUCAUAUUAAAUCCUUCUACUGCAGAUCAUCUCACACAGCCCACUCUGAGAUAAAUCAAUGGUUAACCCAUUCUUAAUACACCUGUUGCAGAUUAUCUCACACAUCCUGGCACUGAGGAGCACCCACAAUACACCUGGGGAAUAGAGCCACAGUCUAUCUGGGCCUGUACCCUGGGUGUUUGUGGGGUCCGUGUGCAGGACCAACAAUCCAAUUAAAGGGAACACGUCAAGGAAUUUAAACUAUUUUCUUGCAGAUUUCACUUUGGUCACUAGACCUUAUAUAUUAAGCGGAGACUGUUGUACAAUAGAUGAUGUUCACCAAUCAGCCUCCCCCUCCCUGUGGAAUGACCCUGUGAGCAUGGCCAAUAGUGUCCAUGAGGCUUGCUGUAAAGCAGGUCUCUAAAUGCUGUUAAAAACAGCUCAGGCAAGAUGGCCGCCCCCAUAAUAAUGAGCCAAAAAUGUAAUUAAGAAAAUUAAAACCGGAACAUGAGAAACAGAUGAAGAAAAAGGAACAUUUCAGUAUCUGACUCUAAUGUCAUGUGUUGUGCCUGACGCCCUGGACUGUGUAUGGACAGGAUGUUAUAUAUAUGUGGUGGCCCAGUGCAGCAUUGCCAGCUGCUACCCAUUGAAGUGGUGGGGUGGCUGAGAUAUAAAGCUGUGCUGGACACAUAUUGUGUGUUUUAUGUAGGUUUCCUGCAUUUCCAGUCUAUUUUUUGUAUUUUACAGUUUUUUACGCAUCAGGUUCACAAAGUGCAGAGCGUCCAUGUUUUUACGUGCCUUGCAUUUCAUUGUACAGCUGAAUAGGUAUUUAGUCACAUGUGGACUCCUAGCCAAUAGAUGCAGGAGCCAGUCACAAGUCUGACUCUCCUCUCCUGGGGAUAGAGCUGGAACGGAACAAGUUCUAGUCAGUUUAGAGCCACACAUGCUUCCGCCAGCUCCAGUCAAUGCCAUGUGUACUCCAAAGUCCUUAACCCCUUAACGACAAAGGACGUAAAUGUACGUCCUGGUGAUGCGGUACUUAACGCACUAGGACGUACAUUUACGUUCUAAGCAUAACCGGAGAAUCGGAGCGAUGCCCGGCAGGUCCCGGCUGUUGAUCACAGCCAGGGACCCACCGGUAAUGGCAGACAUCCGCGAUCCCGCGAAUGUCCGCCAUUAACCCCUCAGAUGCCGUGAUCAAUACCGAUCACAGCAUCUGCAGCAUCGCGGUCACUUAACAGGAUGAUCGGAUCGCCCGCAGCGCUGCCGCGGUGAUCCGAUCAUCCAGCAUGGCAGACGGAGGUCCCCUCACCGGACUCCGCUGCCUUCCCAGAAGAUGACCGAUAAUACUGAUCAGUGCUAAGUCCUAUACAUAGCACUGAACAGGAUUAGCAAUUGAGUGAUUGCUUUAAAUAGUCCACUAUGGGGACUAUUAAAGUGUAAAAAUAAAAGUAAAAAAAAAUAAAGUAAAAAAAUGUAGUAAAAAAAUGUGAAAAACCCCCUCCCCCAAUAAAAACGUAAAUUGCCCCAUUUUCCCUAUUUCACCCCCAAAAAGUGUUAACAUUUUUUGUAUAUACAUAUUUGGAAUUGCCGCAUGCGUAAAUAUCCGAACUAUUAAAAUAAAAUGUUAAUGAUACCGUACGGUGAACGGCGUGAAUUUAAAAAAAAAAAAAAAAAGUCCAAAAUAGCUGCUUUUUUAUAACAUUUUAUUCAAAAAAAAAAAUUCAAAAAAAAUGUAUUCAAAGUUUUAUAUAAGCAAAUUAUAUCAAUAAAAAGUACAGAUCACGGCACAAAAAAUGAGCCCUCAUACCGCCGCUUAUACGGAAAAAUGAAAAAGUUAUAGGUCUUCAAAAUAGGGGGAUUUGAAACGUACUAAUUUGGUUAAAAAGUUUGUGAUUUUUUUUUAAGCGCAACAGUAAUAGAAAAGUGUGUUAUCACGGGUAUCAUUUUAAUCGUAUUGACCCAAAGAAUAAAGAACACACGUCAUUAUUACCGUAAAUUGUACGGCGUGAAAACGAAACCUUCCAAAAUUUGCAAAAUUGCGUUUUUCUUUUUAAUUUCCCCACACAAAUAGUAUUUUUUUGGUUGCGCCAUACAUUUUAUGGUAAAGCGAGUGAUGGCAUUGCAACGGACAACUGGUCGCGCAAAAAACAAGCCCUCAUACUAGUCUGUGGAUGAAAAUAUAAAAGAGUUAGGAUUUUUUGAAGGUGAGGAGGAAAAAAUGAAAACGUAAAAAUAAAAUUUUCUGCGUCCUUAAGGCCCAAAUGGGCUGAGUCCUUAAAGGGUUAAAGAUGUAAUACGCCGCUCAGCAUUCGGAAUAAACUGUUUCGAACGCUGGAGCCGGCGCCGGGAGCUUGAGACGUCAUAGCCUCGCCCCCUCAUGACAUCCCGCCCCACCCUCUCAAUGCAAGUCUAUGGGAGGGGGCAUACGCCCCCUCCCAUAGACUUGCAUUGAGGGGGCGGGAAGUCACACCAUGAGGGGGCAGGGCUAUGAUGUCACAAGUUCCCGGCAUCGGCUCCAGUGUUUGGAACAACCUGUUUCCCGAAUGUUGGAGCCGGCGCCGGGAGUUUAUGAUGUCAUAGCCCGGCCCCUUCUUGACAUCACGCCCAACCCCCUCAAUGCAAGUCUAUGGGAGGAGUCAUACACCCCCUCCCACAGACUUGCAUUGAGUUGUCGGGGCGGCGAGUGACAUCAUGAGGGGCAGGGCUAUGACGUCACGAGCUCCCAGCGGAGUACCCCUUUAAGCCUAAUCCCUGUCCACGCUGCAAGAACUCAUUUCUGCCUUACUAAAGCCUCUUAGAGGACGGUAUUUUUCAGAAAAGAUAGAGCUGGGCAAGGGCCUUUCUGUUUUCACUCUUCUAUUUCGGGCCUAAGAUGGGGUCAGUGCCAGCCUAUCUGCCAAGUCAGGGAGCACUUACCUGGAUUAGCCUUUCUGAGUGCCAUGUCACAGAUUACCGCCAACAUAUCAGGAAAGCGAUGUCUAUAACGGCGCCUUCCACCGCGGUUAUCAGUCCUUGAGAUCCUUUAUCAGUAGUUUCAGUCAUUAGGACUGUGAGCUUAUAUAUCGGAGAAGCUGAAAAUCUUCACCCAACUGCUCGAGGCGCCUCCACAAGUCUCGUUCAGGAUUUCUACUAUUCAGCUAAGCAGCUAUUAAGGCCUUAUUUCAAGGGACAGUGACUAAAUUACUAUUCUCCUGCAUUUCAAGUUGUCUACAAAGCUGUACUCGCUCAAUCUCCAAUUAAAUAUAUGUAUUGUACUGGAUUGUAUUAGUGACGUUCUCAUUUCUGGACUCUGUAUGCGAGAAAAGUUUCAUUUAGAAAAACAA